AUGUUCAUCAUAACUAUAAGCGCUUUAUUCUUGAUAAUUCAUCAAGGACAAUGUGCCAUGAAAGCUACAGCUAUUCUAUAUGGUGAUAAUUCAAUAACGCCUUACGGUACUUUGACAUUCAAACAAGAGAACGCUACUACAUCUGUUGUUAUUACUGGUAUACUUUCAGGACUCAAUGCUAGUAGUGCACAUGGUUUUCAUGUUCACGUAUAUCCAGUCUCAAAAAGUGCGCCUAACUGCACAGCAGCUGGUGCUCACUUUAAUCCUUACAAUACGACUCAUGGACCACGUACGGCUGAUAUAACAAAACGACAUGUUGGAGAUCUUGGAAAUUUAACAACUGAUGAAAAUGGUACUGUUAGUAUUAAUAUGGAAGAUUCGAUUAUUCAAUUAUAUAAUGCAACACAAUCGAUUCUAAAUCGAACUAUUAUUGUACAUGGUUUUCGUGAUGAUGGUGGUCAAGGAGGAUAUAGUGAUAGUAAUACAACCGGAAAUGCUGGUGCUCGAGUUCUUUGUGGUCUUAUUGAAACAUCAAAUACAUUAAUUAUCAAACCAACUAUAUUCGAUGGACAAAGUACCAUGACAGCGGUAGCCCUUGUGCAUGUUGAUUCUUCUAUAACUCCCACUGGUACCCUAUUGUUUUAUCAACAUGACACUAAUUCUCCAGUUCGCGUUGUUGGUAUACUGAAUGGUCUUAAGAGUAAUACUGUUCAUGGCUUUCAUGUACAUAGAGAUCCAUUGAUCAAUGGUGAACUUAAUUGUACGGCUGCUGGUCCUCAUUUUAAUCCUUAUGGCACAUUACAUGGUCCACGUGAAGCUGAUUUAAAACAUCGACAUGUUGGUGAUCUUGGUAAUUUAACAGCAAAUGAUAAUGGUAUAAUUAUUGUUGAAUUGAGUGAUUCAAUUAUCGAUUUAUACAAUGUUACACGAUCAAUUGCUAAUCGAACUAUUGUUUUACACGCUAUGAGAGAUGAUGGUGGUAAAGGUGGUUUUCCAGAUAGUAACACAACUGGAAAUGCUGGUGCUCGUAUAGCUUGUGGUGUUAUCAGUUUACCAAUGAAAGAGUCAGAUACAAAGUCACAUUCGUCAAAAAGUUCUACAAUGAUCACCGAUUUUUUUCGAAAAUUAUUUGAUUAA